AUGGGUUCAUGUUCUUCACAAUAGAUGAAAUAAUCAAUGAAAGCUAAGAUUUAAGAAGCUAAACAAAAAUAAUCAUAAACAACUACUCCUAAUAGGCAAACAACUAAUUAAAAUGGUAUGAGAUCACAUUCUAGACACAAUACAUACACAGCAUUUUAAUCUAAUAGUGAUUUGAGUCAGCCAGGAUAAAGUUUGAAAAACUUAAAUUUCUUUCUGAUAUAUAGAAAUACAAAUUUUUCUUCUUUUUACAGCUUACUCAAGAAAGAGGAUAAAGAAUUCCCUUUUACAACAAUUUAACACAAUAAUGCUGGAACUGUAAGAAUAAUAAAGAGCUAUAAAACUUCUGAUUCUAAAUACAUAGCUUAACUACUCAAAUAUUAACUUGUAUUUUUUAUAUAUAUCUUAGCAUCAUCCUAAUUUGAUCUAAUAAUUUGAAAUAUAUGAGGAAUAAUAAAAAUAUCAUGUGGCUGAAGAGAAUAACAAUAAAAUAGUAGUGUUGAAUUAAAAAACAUAUAAUAAUGAAAAAGAAAUAGCUUUUAUUUUCAAUUAAAUAGUUGAGGUUAUUGAAUAUUUACAUCAUUAAAAAUUAACUCAUGGACAUCUGACUUUGGAAUGUUUUGCUCUGUUUGGUGAUAAAUAUAUAAAGUUAUAUGAUUUAUUCCAUUUGUUUAUGAAGAAAAAGCCAACUCUAGAAGAAACACACUAUUUACCACCAGAAUAUUUUGAUAAUCAAGAAUAUUCUGAAGAAAGAGAUAUUUGGUCUUUGGGAAUAAUUCUAUAUAAUUUACUUUAUCAUUGUUCUCCAUAUGAAUCUAACACAGCAAGUUUACUUAAAUUAGAUAUAUAAGCAUCAAAUAUUUCAUAUUAAGAUAAAAUAUCAGAUGAGGCUAUAUCUAUAUUAUAAUAAAUAUUAGAAAAAAAUCCAAAAAAAAGAAUUAAAAUAAGUGAAAUUACAAAACAUCCUUGGUUUAAAAAAUAAUAAGUUUUUUUAGAGGAUGAUCAUAUUAGAGAGACUUUGGAAAGAUUAAGAUAAUCAAAAAAACUUAAUAUUUUAUAAGUUUACUUGCUUAAAUUCAUUAUUAAUAAUUAUCCACCUGAUAAAUUAAGAGAAAUAUAUUCUGUAUUUAGAUCACUUGAUUUAGAUAAUGAUGGAUUUUUCAGUAUUUCAGAGCUUAUUACAUCCUAUUCUAAUUAUGUUGAAGAUUCUGAAAAGACUAAAACUAUAUGCACUAAUAUUUUUUAAAAGGUAGAUAUGGAUAAGGAUAAAAAAAUUACUUUUGAAGAAUUUAUUUUGUAUGCUUUUGAUAGAAAAGAAUUAAUUGAAGAAGAAGUGAUUGACACAAGUUUCAAAUUAUUAAAAAAUAAAAAGAAUUUUAUUACUGCUGAAACAUUAGCUACUUAAUAUACUUUAGAUAAAGAAUACUUUACAGAAAUAAUGACAGAAAAUUUGAAAAAAGAUUAUGUAUUAUUUAUCUUAUAAUUUAGAUCACAUUUUAAAACUUUAAGGAUCUAAUGAAUAAAACAGUUUGA